AUGGCGUACAUGGGGCACAAUUACGGUGCUACGGACCAGCGGACGGUCCCCGAUGUCGGGUUCAGCCCCACGGAGCUCUACAGCCUCACGGAGAACAUCACCACGAAUAUCUAUGCGAUUAACGCCAGCUGGAAGUCCAUGGAGCGCGCUGCCAAGCACAUCGGGACCAACAAAGACACCCGGGAGCUUCGCGAUCAAGUCCAAGUAACCCAAAAGGCAACAAACAACGUAGUAACCCAAACAAGCCGUGACAUAGCCCGAAUAGCAGUUCUAAUGAAGCGAGGUGACAAGGAGCAAAAGUUACAAAUAGAAAAGCUCACCACUGACUUCAAAGACGCCCUCAGAAGAUACUCCGACAUGCAACAGUCGGUGCUACAAAAAAUGAAGCGACACGUUUUACAAGACGUCGACUUCGAUAACUACCGCUUCGAAAGCGACGAAGACGAGGAUGAGCAGAUAGCCUUCGUAAAACAAGAUCAACUUCGCCGGAACGAGCAAAGAGCCCUGGAAUUUGAACAAGGAAUUUUGCUGGAACGUGAAGACUUGAUUCAGAAACUAGAGGGUGAUAUUUUGGACGUUAAUCAGAUAAUGCGUGAACUUGGUGCUUUAGUUAAUCAACAAGGAGGUUCAAUUGAUACAAUAGAAAAUAGCAUAGAAAACGUCCACGGAAAUGUUGGUCUAGGUGCUCAGGAGCUUUCCCGAGCGAGUAGUUAUCAAAAUAAGUACCGUAAAAAAGUAUUUUUCAUUUUACUUCUAGCAAUAAUUGUCGUAAUUAUUUUAAUAGUAAUCCUAGUCACAAAAUAUAGUUAG